UGAACCGCGACAACGUCAGCGCUCGCGACGCCUAUAAAGAGAGCCGAGGUCUUGAGUACGUUUCAGUGACCCAGCGAGACUCCGAGAGACAACUGCCUACCUUAUACUUAAUACUUAUACUUACUACUUUCUUGACUGUCCCACUUGAGACUAUAAUUUUAUUGUGCUUAUUUUUGUUUGGGAAAAAAGUUUUGACUGUUAUCAGUGACACAGAGAGAGAGAGAGAAAGAGAGAGAGAGAGAGAGAGGCUACUUACCAGUACUGGACCUCGGACUUUCCGGGUGAAGCAUCCGGGUUUGUGUUGUUGCUGCUGUUGAUAAGCUUGCAUCCGCACAUACUUGCAUACGAGUGUGGUUUCGACGAAGAAAUCUAGUGGUGAAAAAAGAGACAAUUUAUAAUCGUAUUUUUCGUAACAAAAGAAAGUGAAUAAGGUAUAUACACAAAGCAGGAAUCGAAUAGAUAAUAGAGAUAUCACCGACUUGAAAUAAAGAGUGAAAAGAAGCAGUGUAUAAUAGCAGAGCAUUGCAUCACUCGUAAAAAUACCCACCAGUUCUAGAGUGUGCUGCAGUGAAAUUUCUCGAUAGAUCAGCGAACAGUCUAGAUAUCCGAGCCAGGCCAACACUUCGAGCACAUCAGACGGCUAGCACAAAAAUACCCCGGCAGGCUAUGUCCCUAAGCAAACACGUGCGACACUGCCGGAGAUGCGUUGCAUUUGCGAGACCCCUGACGGAGAGUGCUGCUGGACGAGAUGCUGGGGAGAGUUCGACUGCUUUAGCAAGCAAAUUGACAUCAACUGUACCGCUGAACUUUGUAAACAAAGCCAAAAUGACAAUGCACAGCAGACUAAAGAUGCUUGGUCAGCUCAAGGACUUUUUCAAUAAGUCUAGCUAUGACAAGAACCUUCAGCUCAUGCUGAACAAGGAAUGGCUGGACUUCUUUCAAAAGCUCACCUAUGCCCAGAUCGAUACCAUCAGGAAGUAUUCUCUGCUCGAUGACUCAAAGACACAGCAGGAGCAGGAUGAAAAAAAGAUUGCUCAAGAGAAAGAGAACGCUGUACAAAAAUCCGUUGCCACUACCCUGCCUACAAUAGAAGAAAAGGUGACAGCACAACCUCAAGCAAAACAGGCACCUGUUGAACCUCAAGCUGCUAUGGAAACUAAAGAAUCAUAUUAUUAUUUACCACAAGUUCUUGCUGCUAUGUUACCAAGAUUGAGUAACAAAUCAAAAGAAAUUUCUGUUCCUGCAAUACCCAAGUGGAAGACCAAUUUACAAACUAGUGUUACAAAGAAUAGCAUCAUGUCGAGAACGAGGCACAUCUUGAACAGUAUUGCCACAGCUGAAUCUAAUGCUUCAAAAUGGAGGAGAAUAGAUGAUUUAUUACAACACAUAGAACAAUUUCCAGAAGCAAGACAUCAUGCUGUUAAAGAUGGUGGUAUUAGGAUUUUACUGAGGACUAGAGAAUUGACCAAAGAUGAACAGAUUCGAGGAACAAUAAGAGAGGCUCUCGCAGUACUUGGCCAUGUUGACCCUUUGCCUGCCAGAGGAAUAAGAAUUCUUGCCAUCGAUGGUGGCGGUAUUCGCGGCGUUCUCGUCAUAGAAAUGUUGAAGAAGUUGGAGCAGUUGACUGGCAAAAAAGUUUACGAGAUGUUUGACUACAUUUGCGGUGUGAGCACUGGAGCUAUUUUAUCAGCAGUAUUAGCCAUUAAAGGAGAAGAUGAACAAGGAGGUCACAAGAGGAAAUCUUUGGAUGAGAUUUCUGUAUUGUACAAGGAGCUGAGUACCAAAAUAUUUACGCAGAGUCCACUGCGCGGUACCAGCAAUUUGGUUUGGAGUCACGCGUACUACGACACUGCAUUAUGGGAACAAAUGUUACAAGAACAUCUAGGUGACAGAGAUUUAAUCAAAACCACGCGCGACCCGAUUGCACCAAAGUUUUCGGUCAUUUCUGCAGUAGUAAAUCAUGAACGUGUAAUGGCUUAUGUAUUUAGAAAUUACGCGAUUCCCAUUGGUGUAGAAAGUCAGUACAUGGGAUCUCACAAACACAAAUUGUGGGAAGCAGUGAGGGCGUCUGCAGCUGCUCCCAGCUACUUUGAGGAAUUCAAAUGUGGAGAGUAUCUUCAUCAGGAUGGAGGAAUCAUGGUAAACAAUCCUUGUGCCGUUGCUAUACACGAGGCUAAACAACUGUGGCCAAACAGCCCAAUUCAAUGUGUUGUUUCAUUUGGUACUGGAAGGACACCAUUCAAUAUGAACACGUGCGCUGAAGAUAGAAAAGAAGCGAGCGCAUCCAGCUGGAAAGAGAAAUUUUAUAAAAUACUUGACAGUGCCACAGAUACAGAAGCUGUGCACACUAUGCUGAACGAUCUCUUGCCCGAUCACGUUUACUACAGGUUCAAUCCUUAUUUGACCGAAAUGCUCACGAUGACAGAAAUAAGACCAGAGAAAAUUUCCCAAUUGGAGCAGGAUGCUGCAAUGUACAUUCGUAGGAACGAAGAGAAAUUCCAAAAAGCUGCUAAAGUAAUCAUGCAGCAGAAAACACCAUCGCAGAGUGUUGUGGACUGGGCGAAAUUACAAAAGAAUAUUUUAGGUAUAUAAUUUCUAUCAAAAUUAUUUUACAAGAAUUUUGUAAAAAUCAAAGAGCGCAAUCAUUAGGUCUCUAGACCUCAUUAAUUGCUUUCACAUCUUUCCUACGAAGUACCUAAUGAAAAUGUUUUUCAGUCUGUGAUAUAUAUAGCGUUAUAUGUUAAGGAAACGAAUCUUUGACGCGAAUCGGAUACUUUAUAGCUGUAAAGUAUAUACGUGGAAAAGAGUUGCGAGAAAAAUAAGAAAACGAAACAAAUAUAGAAAAUAAUAUUUAAGUCACUUAUUUGAAAUGGAUCAAGAUUUUUUAUUGCUGAUGUAGGACUUUUAUCUCAAUAAUCGUAAUAUUUUAAUUUUUAUGUUAUAAGUAUAUACACAUCGAUCCAUUCCUGUUAAGUUACUCAAUAUUGUAUAUUUUUAUAUGUGUUGGAUUAUACUCCAUUCAAAGAAAGCUUUAAUCGAGACUUUCUUCAGUGAAUUGAUUAUGCAUCUUAUACGAACAGUGUUGUUAGUUGUAAUAAUAUAUAAAUACAGAUUUUCUGUGACAUUUACUAUAUAGUAUUACACUUUGAAAUAAGUUACCAGAACUAGAUUGAAUUAAAAUAAUCCCUAUAACUUAUUUCAAGCACUGUAUAGAAGCUUCAGAUAUAUGUAAAUGUAAAACACUGUUUUUAUCUGCAUUAUGAAUGUGAAAAAAAUAAGAAUAAACUGCUGCAGCAUAAAUUA